GGCAACGGGGACAUUAGGGUGCGCGCAGUCGUUGAUGCCGCUUAACAGUAUCGGGGCGGCGACUCGUCUCACCUCUCAUAUCGCAGUAGAGGCGCGCGCUUGUUGCGAGUUGUCUCAGGUGAGGCUAUUGCAUAAUCCAUCACUUUAUGUAUUCUAAGGUACUUAAAUUCACUGGUGAUGCUUCAUUUGAUGGCGUUAGAUGCUCGUCUUUUGGCACUGUUUUGAAGGAGUCAUGACAUGUGGAAUUUGUAAGAUCUGACUCAGCAUCCCAGACACCACGAUUAUUUUAUCUCAAAGAGGCUUCAGCAUCAAAGCUGCUUUCAUCAUACUAUGCGUGGGAAAAACUAAGCUUUUGUACUCUGAAUUAUUAUUGGUAUUAUUAGAACAGCCUAGAUUCUCAGAAUAAGUACAACUGUGCAAGUGGGUCUCAGUGAACUUCUCCCACUGUACAUCUACAUAUUGCCCACUACAUGAAGACACUCCCAUAGAUCCUUCUGUUUUUAGAAUGAAAACCCUAGUGGAAGUAGACAACCACCUUUGCAUAGCCUUUUAUCACCAUUAUUGCCAGUAACCUGGGCCCUCAGUUUUCUGAAAAUAGUAGUGUACAUGUUCUUGAUGAAAUUAAAGUUGAAAGAUGACAGUCUAGAGUCUAGUCCUAUCUCUUCAAGGAGUCUUAACAUUUACUUUGUCUUCUUCGAUCUUCUUCUUCUGAUUAAAGUACCUACUACUACUUUUCAGGUUGUUUUUUCUUUCUUCCUUUAUCAAAUACGAUCUCCUCCUCACCUGACAGAAACUUAACUACUACUACUACUAGUAGUAAGAAAAAUAUAAAGUGAAAUUACAAUGACUAGAGUUAUUAUGGUGAUGUUGAGAAGUGUGAAUAAAUUUUAUGCCUUUCAUUUUAGACUAUUAACAGUAGAUUUUAACUAUAUGUGCCUAAUCUUUUAACCCAAAUCAGAUGCCCAACUACUGAUUCUUGUUAGGUUGCUGUCCAGUAUGGGGAGUUCAAAACUACAUAAUGGGGCAAACUCAACUACUAGUGAUAUGUUGAUUGGAGAACACAGUGUUUCAUCAUGUCUUGGUUUAAUCUUGUGUUGUAAUCCAUCCAAAGAGAAUCAUAUUGUUGAUGCUCUAGAGAAGUGGGGGAAAAAGGUGAUGAAGAUGAGUUUGGGGAAUCCUUAAGCUUGACAAGGGCAGCACUAAAAGUUGACAACAUUUUAAAAAAAUGUAGGUAGCGUUAAUGUGAAUGUUUCAUUGGAUGUGUGACUACAUGAGAGAAGAUAGAAUAGGAAAUGAGAUCAUUAAAUCUAAGGUAAGAGUAGUACCAUUUGGAGGUAAGUUGCGAGCAAACCGUUUAAGAUGGUAUUGUCAUGUACAACAUAGAGGUAGCUUAAGGCGGUGAGAAGAAUUGAGAGAGAGCAUGAUUUAAUAAAAAGUUGAUUCUCAUAGACUCAUAUAGCCGAUCCAAAAUUUUUGGGAUAAAUGUUCGAUGAUGUUGAUCCCUUCCCACUUUGUCCAUUAUAUUCAUUCCUACAUCAGGGUCCCUAUUUAAGAGUAGACACCACAACUUCUUUAACCCCCCUGAAUCAAAAACUCUCCCUCGCAAUGGUUUCCCAGAUUGAAGAAGAAGCAAGAGAUGUAUCAAUUAACAAUCAGGAUGUUGAAUCGCGAACUCUGAGCAACGAUGAAAGACGAUUGGGAGACAAUGAUUUGAGAGAUUGGUUGAGUCUAGGCCUCAACAGAGAUGAGAUUCCCACUGAAGGGGACUCUGAUAUUCCUCAAUCCAUGUCAAAACCACCACAUGAAAAGGUCUUCUCAUGUAACUUCUGCAUGAGGAAGUUUUACAGUACACAGGCCUUGGGAGGUCACCAGAAUGCACACAAGAGAGAAAGAGGAGCUGCCAAGAGAUUCCACUCGCAAAGAAUGAUGAUGACAUCAAUGGGGUUUCCCUUCAAUUCCGUUCCGAUUCGGUCGCUAGGGGUCCAACCUCACUCUCUUGUGCGGAAGCCAAGCAGAGAAGCGUCAAGUAUGGUAGCAAGAUUUGGUGAUGCCAGUACAGGGUUUGGUAUGGCAUGGACACCCUUCAUGCUUGAGGAUCCAAUGGAUUUGAUUUGGCCGGGAAGCUUUCGCGUCGACAAAUUCCCAAAAGAAUCAUCAGAUUUGCGUGAGCUUGACUUAAAUCUUCGAUUGUGAUCAUGUUAAUUAUGAUUUUUCUUUUCUUUUCUUUUCUUGGGACAACUUUUGCUGUAUAUGUAACAUGUUUAUGUGCUAGUCCAUCAAAUAAAGAGACGAAUUUAAGGUCACCGGACCUCGGGA